AUGUCACAGCAAGUAUCGGCUGGGAAUCGUCAAAACCCAUCAUGGCGUAAACCUGCAGAACGUCUGGGGGCGACAGGGGCAUUUAACUCCACGAUGUCACAGCAAAAACGGGUUCGAGGCCCAUCGUGGCGUGAACGCGAAAAUGCGAAGAUGGCGGAAUUCAACAAUUCGGCCAUUGAUGGUAUAACCGAUGCGCCGGUAGUCAACUCAUCGACUGGAAAGCCUGGCCCGGGCAUCUUCGCUGUUCGUCGGGUUAUGAAUGAAGCUAACUGCAGACAAAACGCUGCUAAGAAGCUUCUGUGGAGAGCUGGUGGUGAUGUCGAAAGAGCCAUCGACCUUGGUUGUGGCUUUGGUACAUCAUACUUGCUUCGAGGCAACAACAACGGCGAUGACGACGAGUGGGACCUCACCCUGCCCAGAGUCCACGGUGAAACCACUUCAAAAUUGGACGGUGGCGGCGGUUCUGAUAACGGGAGCGAUGCGGGACUAAACACUCCCAAUAGCUCGUCCAGCAAUCUUGGUUCAGGAGGCGAAGAUGAAUUUGACCUCGAAAAGCUCGUGGGCGAUAUCCAGGCAGGACAGGGCUGUGAAGAGAUUCGCAGCCGGCUCACUCGCUACCGGGAGCAUAUGAAACCGAAAAAGCUGCGCGAGAGGCUGAACGGCUUGGUCCUGGGGUUUCCUGGCUUCUUUUAUGUUGUCGAGACGCUCAGCUCUGAGUUGGUGAGGAUGUGGGCCGAGUACGGGGGUGACGUGAACGCCACUUACGGGUCGACAAAGCCGUUUCCACUGGUUGCAUAUGUCAUUGCCCUUGGGAGCUCGUAUGCCACCGAUACGACGGCAAUCCUUCGAACGCUUCUUGGCCUGGGGGCGUCUGUGACUGGCAUUCCCAAGGCUUUCCACACUCCUUUGGAGAGGGAUCUGCCUGACGACGGCCCUUCAACUGAUGAGCUUGAGAAUCUGGAGGAUGAAAACAAGAAGUGGUGUACUCCCAAAGUUCGAAGGCGUCUUACGGCCACUCUCAACUCUCGCUUUGAGCAGCGAUACCUUCUUCACCGCGCUGCUGGGCUGAACCGCUUUUCGGGUGCGAAGAGACAGGUCACCAAGCUACACAAGGCCGAAGAUUUGUUGGGCGCUUACUACUUCCUCAUAGGACAAACUGCUGCCAUCACUCAUGUCGUUGAAAAAUUGCUUUAUUAUCUCUCCCUCCCGAUAGAAAAGCCCAUUAUACUUUUGUUCGCUGGACCCAGUGGGCACGGUAAGACGGAGCUGGCACGUCAGCUUGGCAAUCUCAUAUCUUUGGAUCUGCUCACCGUCGAUUGCACCAACAUGCACUCACCAUUUAACCUCUGGGGACCUGUCAAACCAUAUGCCGGCUACAAAGACGGCUCCAAGCUGAAUAACUUCCUUGCAGAACAUAGCGGGAGACGCAGUAUAGUCUUUCUGGACGAAGUCGAGAAGAUGGAUCAGGAUAUCCGAAAUACGCUUCUUCUGCCGUUUGAUGAUGGGACCUCUUCAGAUCUCAGAAAAGAGCUGCCGACGUCGGUCGACUGCAAGAAGACGAUAUGGAUUAUGGCAACAAAUGCGUUUGACGACACGAUUCACGCUUUCUGCAAUACCCACGAGAAGAAUCUUUUUUCCGACGAGCCUGGAAAAGAAGGACAAAGGCUCGUAAAAAAGCUGUCAAGGUCGAUCCGGGAUGAGAGCGCAACGAAAUUUGGUGAACCACUUACCGGUCGUAUCUCUGGCUUUAUCCCUUUCCUCACGUUCUCUCCCUCCGAACAGGCCGCGGUGGCAGACAGGAUUUUAGCCGAAUUCGGCCGCGAUGUGAUCAAGCCAGUCAAGGUUAGCGACGUAGUGAGCAAGUCUCAUAUGGUUGGUGACCUCGACCUCCGAGUCCGGCGUGGGUACUCGGUCUGCAAAGCCCUGGCUACAAACGGAUACGUGCCGAAGCUGGGGGCACGCAGCAUCACAAACACGGUGAGUGACGACGUCAGAAUGCCGGUUGUGAACGAGUAUCUCGAUAGAAGAGAGGAGAUCCGUGAGGACCAGGAGAAGUGUACGUAUGUAGUUGGCGUGGAUGAGGAUGGCGAGAUUGAUGUGUCGGAGUCGCCCAGUGAGGGGACAUUUGGAUCGUCAUGA